GGAGGAGGCCCGGCUGCGACCCGGGCCGCGCGCGCCGAGGAGCUCCUCGGAUCUCCUCGCGGCCGCGUCUCCUGGUCCCGGCUUUCAGCCCAGUCGCUCCCGGCGGCUCCGGGCUCGCCGGCUGGCGGGGAGUGGCCUCAAGAUGGACGAAGGCGGUGGCGGCGAGGGCGGCAGCGUGCCUGAAGACCUGUCAUUAGAAGAGCGAGAAGAGCUUUUGGACAUUCGUAGAAGAAAAAAGGAGCUUAUUGAUGACAUUGAGAGGCUGAAAUAUGAAAUUGCAGAAGUGAUGACAGAGAUUGAUAACUUAACUUCAGUGGAGGAAAGCAAAACUACUCAGAGGAACAAGCAAAUAGCCAUGGGAAGAAAGAAAUUCAACAUGGACCCCAAAAAGGGCAUUCAGUUCCUAAUUGAGAACGACCUGCUUCAGAGCUCCCCAGAGGAUGUCGCCCAGUUUCUGUACAAAGGAGAGGGCCUGAACAAGACUGUCAUUGGAGACUACCUGGGUGAGAGGGAUGAUUUUAAUAUCAAAGUUCUUCAGGCUUUUGUUGAGCUUCAUGAGUUCGCUGAUCUCAAUCUUGUCCAGGCCUUAAGGCAGUUUCUAUGGAGCUUCAGACUUCCUGGAGAGGCGCAGAAGAUCGACCGCAUGAUGGAGGCUUUUGCAUCACGAUAUUGCCUGUGCAACCCUGGGGUCUUCCAGUCCACAGACACGUGCUACGUGCUGUCCUUCGCCAUCAUCAUGCUCAACACCAGCUUGCACAACCACAAUGUGCGAGACAAGCCUACUGCCGAGCGCUUCAUCACCAUGAACCGUGGCAUCAACGAGGGUGGGGACCUUCCUGAGGAACUGCUGAGGAACUUAUAUGAAAGUAUCAAGAAUGAGCCGUUUAAGAUCCCGGAAGAUGAUGGGAAUGAUUUGACACACACAUUCUUCAACCCAGACCGUGAAGGCUGGCUGCUGAAGCUGGGGGGACGUGUGAAGACCUGGAAACGGCGCUGGUUCAUCCUCACAGAUAACUGCCUCUACUACUUUGAGUACACUACGGACAAGGAGCCCAGGGGGAUCAUCCCGCUGGAGAACCUCAGCAUCAGGGAGGUGGAGGACCCUCGGAAACCGAACUGCUUUGAGCUGUACAACCCCAGUCACAAAGGGCAGGUCAUCAAAGCCUGCAAGACAGAGGCAGAUGGCCGUGUGGUGGAGGGGAACCAUGUUGUAUACCGGAUCUCCGCCCCUAGCCCCGAGGAGAAGGAAGAGUGGAUGAAGUCCAUCAAAGCAAGCAUCAGUAGGGACCCAUUCUAUGACAUGUUGGCCACAAGGAAAAGGAGGAUUGCCAAUAAGAAAUAGGUAAAUGCCAAGACCCAGACGCCACAGCAGAUGCACCGGCUACUCACAGGCUGCAGGACGAGGGGAGUGUGCUGCCCAUGGGUCCUCCAGAACAGCUAGCCAAGGCCCAAGCCCUCAAAGCCUUGUGCUGUCCUCGGGAAUGUUGGUCAGCUGUGAGUGUUUCCUUCCUGCCACUGUCCUGGUGAUGACCUUUGGGGACCCUUGUCAAAACAGCACCUGGUGACACAGCCUCAGGACCUGCACAGCCCACAGGGGACCCCUUUUCUGGAGCCAGAGCCUCAUCCACACCAUGCCACACCUGCUCUUUCGGGCAGCACUAGCUGUUCUAGAAGUCGCUGUUUUAUAUCAAAAUGGGAAAGGAAAACCUACCAUUUUUUUAUCCAGAA